CUCCUACCUCCAUCUGGCUGCUCCAUGAAAAACAAAACACUCACUCCUGCUAGCUAGCAGCUGCCUUCUUGUGUUCAUAAACCCUCACUCCUCCUCCUCACCCAUCUCCCCCUCUGUCCUUCUGGUUGCAUUUCGACCAUCGGUCGAGAUGGAGAUGCAGGCGAAGGCGGCGAGGGGCGGGAAGAGGAGCAGGACGAGCGGCGGCACGACGGCGACGAGGGUAGUGCAGAGGAAGGAGGCAGAGAGGGAGAGGAGGCAGCACAUGAAGGCCCUCUGCGCCAAGCUUACCUCCCUCAUCCCAAAAGAACACUUCUCCAACCCUGAUACGAUGACCCAGCUAAGCAGCCUGGAUGAGGCUGCGUCAUACAUCAAGAAGCUCAAAGAGAGGGUGGACGAGCUGCAACAUAGGAGGAACUCUGCACAAGCAAUGGCUACCGCAAGAGGGGCUAGUGGUGCCUCAAUGCCCACCAUCACCCCUACCACGAGUGGUGGUGCAGGGUCACCAGAAGGAGAGAAACAUUGGGAGGCAUUGGCACCGGUGGUGGAGGUGCAACAACACGAUGAUACAAGCAUGGAUGUGGUGCUGGUAUGCAGCAAAGAGAGGCCGAUCAUGCUCCACCAGGUGAUCACCAUCCUCGAGGAAGAAGGCGCCGAGGUCGUCAAUGCCAAUCACUCCAUUGCUGGCCACAAAAUCUUCUACACCAUACACUCCCGGGUAUGUACAUAUAUAGGUAUAGCCUUUCACAUCUGCACAAGAAAAUACAACCCAUGUUGUAAAAUAUUAGGCACACAUGAGUCCGAGUAUACGUUUUGACCAUAACUGUUUACUUUCUGUGUCCGUAUCUAUUAGAGGGAUUCACGUUUGUUUCUAGUGUACCUACACAUAUUGAAGUAAACUAAUGGCAUAUACACAAGUGAAAGACACAAAGGGAACAUGAAAGUGAUGCAUAUACACAUACAUGAAAAAUAUGGAACCGUAGAUUCCUCUCUAUGUAGGAAGAGAUAAAAUUGAGGAAAGCUAGAUAAAGAGUUUGAAAAUGACCUUAGAUAUACACAUGUGCCACACACAUUUUAAUUCCUUUCUUUUUCUCUUCCCGGCCC